UUAGCAUUGUCACUGUGUGGACAUGUUAGCAGGCUGAUAUUAGCAUUUAGCUCAAAGCACCAAUGUUCCUAUACAGUAACCUCACACCUUUGCUAGCAUUGCUGUAAACUCUUAGACUAGUUUACUCUCUGUAGAGCUUUACAGACUGAAUAAAAUACAUUUUGAAGAAACUACAUGAAUACAAGACUCACUGAUAAACAGCCAGGCUUUUGGUCCCUACAGAAGUAUUAUAUAUGAUAUUAUUUAAUUAUUAGAGUGAUGAAACCUGGUAUACUAACUCACAAUGGAGUAGCACGGACACAUUUGAAGUUUCAACGGGGAAUAUAUGAACACACACAAGGGCUGCUACACUGAUGCCACCUCUCCAGGCACAGAGAUCAGACAGCAUUUCAGUUAAAUGAGCUAAACAUGUUGCCUUUGUGAGCUGAUUAUUCUAUUGAGAGGAGCUUGUGUAUGGGACAAUGCCAGAGAGGAAGCGCCUCUCUCUCUGGGUGUGUAUCUGUGCGUGUGAUCAUAGCAACUGUGGCAAACAGUCAGCAGUCAGAGCAGUGGACACUGAAACACCUUCACCAGGACCUCCAGCCUCUGGUUUGGCUUUGGGAUAUUUGACAACCGCUUGUCAUCGCAGAACUUGGAAUCAAUCUCUUCCUAUUCUCUUUUUCUUGCUGGAUUUUUUUAUGGUUAUGUGCGGAUUUAUGAUGGAGAAUUAAAAUGGUGAGAAAGAAAAAGCUGCUGGUGUUUGAAAUUUGUGGAAGCAUGAUGUGGGAUGGAUAAACAAGAACGAAGCUCUACUAUGGCCUCUAAUGACCCUGACCUUCCUGAGCCCUGUGGUGACCCCCAGCCAGGUGACCUCAUUGAGAUCUUCAGACCAGCCUAUCAGCACUGGGCUCUCUACCUGGGAGACGGUUACAUCAUCAACUUAACUCCUGUUGAUGAGAGCCAGGCAGCUGCCAUGUCCAGUGUGAAGUCAGUCUUCAGUCGGAAGGCAGUGGUUCGCAUGCAGCUGCUGAAAGAGGUGGUGGGAAGCGACUCGUACCGUGUCAACAACAAGUACGACCACAACCAUACACCCCUGCCAGUGUGUGAAAUCAUCCAGCGAGCGCAAGUCCUAAUUGGCCAGGAGGUGUCUUACGACCUGCUGGGGAGUAACUGCGAGCACUUUGUUACCCUUCUGCGCUACGGGGAGGGGGUGUCCGAGCAGCCUCCUCUGCUCCUCUUUGUGUUCACAGGCUACGCGGGCCAUUGGGGCCAUCAGUUUGGUGACGGCAGCAGCCAGUGCCUUCUCUGUCCUCGGACUGAUCAACACUCGAUCUAGAAACAGGCCUUUUUGACAGCUGUGCUCUUCACUGCAGGGUGUUGCCUCCCAACAUUCAUGCGACUGUAAUAAGAAAUAAAUAAAUCACACUGAAAUGUCAACAGUCUGAAACGUGUUUGAAAGCUGAA